UGUUGCUCGAGUCAUGAUGUUCUACGGAGCUGACGGAAGGGAUCAAUGCAAACAUUUGUCGAUAUUGAAGGAUAGACUCUCACUGGAUGCUGUUAUCUUUACGCCGUUCGCCAGCCCCACUGAAGACUGCUCUAUAGAUUACAUCUAUGAUAAUAUCUCCAAGGAAGAACAGUUCCAGAGCGUUCUCUCUCUCAAGAAAUUCUGGGAAGACUCCAACACUUCCACAACAGACAACAUGACAACCGAAGGUAAACAUGCUGGCCAUUCAUGUGCGUCGUUUACAGCGAGAAGUUUCCCAGAGGCUCUCAUAGCCGCGACAGGUGGGCGUGACCUCAACAUACGUGGCAUAGAGGAUUAUAUCUCUCAGCAACAAUCUGGCAAACAUCGUAUGACGUCUUCGGGCGAUCAUUACAGAGAUGGAAGUGUUACGUGGGCAUCAACAAAAGAUGGAGUAUGUCUUGAUUAUCCAAAAUUACCAGAACAUGUCAAGAACGCCGAUCACGUUCAGAUUCUGCUUGCUGGAGGUUUCAAGAUAAUUGGUCAUGGUCUGUGGUAUCUUCAAGGGGAUCUAUUCUGAAUGAAAAGGGUAAUAAGAGAUUGAAACAUGUGCCAUUGUUCUGGAAUACCGAAUAUCUACCUUAAUUGUGAGCGUAAACAAGGAACAUUGUAUAAAACCCUUUGCAAUACCGUGACUAUAUUCUGUAUGGUUUUACGAUGUAUAAACGUAUUCAAGUUGACAUAUUUACUUGGUUUUGACACAUACAGUUCCAAUUUCUUGCCAUCUUUGUUACAUCUCAUGCCUAAAACUUUACAAUAAUGUGACUUAUUUAGAUUGACAAAUGUCUUGCUUACAGUGUGUGGGUGAUCGUGUUUUUUCGCCGUUUUUAGCAUAAGUCCAGUAACAUCACGGUUUCACACAUUGUACCCAUGUGGGGAAUCAUUGUUAUAAGGAAUCGGACCCGGAAUAUCAACCAUUAUGCUAUCACACCGUUCCUUCUUGCCUACAGAAUUGUGAAGUCGUGAUGGUUUGCACUUGUCACUGCUGAUGAUGCAUGUAGACCGAAUCGUAUCCCCGGAUAUGAUGCAGUAUUUGUAAUAAAC